AAAUCCCAUGAGUGAAGUGAUCAGUAAAGGUAUUUUUGGUGGUAACUUUCCAGUCGCGUCUUCCCUUUAAGAACCGGUUCUUGGGAUCGCUGUGUGAGAUCACUGAAUCUGCAGCGGUGGCGACGGCGGCGGCGCAGCAGCAGCAGCAGCAACACCACCACCACCACCACCACCUCCGUCCAGGACAGGACAGCCUGCUGGUUUGGUAGGAGGAAGGGGUUCCUUUCGAGGCUCAUGUACGCUGCUGCGUAAGAUUAUUCGGAGCGGCUUUUUAAGUCGGCGCGGGUUCCUCAGCUGACUUUUUGCGAAGAUUUUGUGGAGAUUUACUUGUUCCACAGCCAUGCCAAGGCAGAGUAUAUUGGAAGUAAACGUGCAGGAUGUUCAGAAGAGGAGAAACCCGAACAAGCAUUAUGUAUACAUCAUUAAGGUCACUUGGUCAGAUGGAACCACCCAGGUCAUAUACAGACGUUACAGCAAGUUCUUUAACCUCCAGAUGGAGCUUCUGGAUAAGUUUCCCGUGGAAGGAGGCCAAAAGGACCCAAAACAGAGGAUUAUACCAUUUCUCCCUGGUAAAAUCCUUUUCAGACGAAGUCAUAUUCGAGACGUUGCAAUGAAGAGGUUAGGGCCAAUUGAUGAAUACUGUGCGGCUCUUAUUCAAUUACCAGCAUAUAUCUCCCAGUGUGAAGAAGUACUUCGUUUUUUUGAGACUAGACCUGAAGACCUCAACCCACCAAAAGAUGAACCAAUUGGAAAAAAGAAGUCUGGGUUUGUCCAGAGAGCAUCAUCUUUCCUAAAGAGAGUUGGUGAUUUCACGUCUGCAGACCCUCUUCUUUUAGAUCAGUAUGUUGCUGUGACAGACUAUGAGAAGCAGGAGAGUUCAGAGAUUAGUCUUUUUGUUGGCCAAGUUGUGGAAGUAAUAGAAAAGAAUGAAUCAGGUUGGUGGUUUGUGAGCUCUGAUGAUGAACAAGGUUGGGUACCAGCUACCUGUCUUGAGGCUCAGGAUGAUCCAGAUGACUUUUCAAUGCCAGCUGAUGAAGAUGAGAAAUAUACAGUUGUCUACCCCUACACAGCCAGAGAUAAAGAUGAGAUUAAUUUGGUCAAGGGAGCAACAGUCGAAGUUAUACAGAAGAACCUAGAAGGCUGGUGGAAAAUCAGGUACCAAGGCCUGGAGGGCUGGGCCCCAGCCUCAUACCUAAAGAAAACUGACAUCCUGUCUCAAAAGCUGGCUUCAGGAUCAUCUGCUCAUGCAAGCUCUAAUGACCUUGAGGGCUUCUUUAAGCAAAGUGGUGCUUGCAAAGAUGGAAGAGAGAAAGAGGGAACAGACAACCAGAAAGACGUCAAAUCUUCAUUUUUUGAUACAAAACACAAGUCCCCUGAUGCUAGGCAGCGGCCCCCACCUCGGCGGGACCUUACAAUACCACGUGGCCUCAAUCUACCUAAGCCUCCCACACCCCCGCAAGUUGAAGAAGAGUAUUACACAAUUGCAGAUUUCCAGACGACCAUUCCUGAUGGCAUCAGCUUUCAAGCAGGUGUAAAGGUGGAGGUUAUAGAAAAGAAUUCCAGUGGUUGGUGCUAUAUCCAAAUUGACGACAAGGAAGGCUGGGCUCCUAUUACCUUCAUUGACAAGUACAAGAAAACUAGCAAUGCAUCUAGGCCAGCAUUUCUGGCUCCACUUCCAAAUGAAAUGAACCAAUUAAGAAUCGACGACAGAGCACCAGAAGAUGUUACCAAGCAUUCUAGAGCUCUUCCUGAUGAGCCUUCCACGAGUGUUGAAUCUAUGGCUAAACUAAAACUUAAAGACUGGAAGUGUAAAGAGCUAAGUAAACCUAGUUGUCCAGAUAGUAAGGUGUUAUCCAGUGCAUUUCCAGGAAGUUCAACCAAUGGGACACAUUUUACAGAGGAGGAAAAACCUGCACUUCCACCACGAAAAGAGUCCAUCAAUAAAAGUUUAGACACAGACAUCAAUGAAAAACAAAGAUCUGAACCUUCACGAGCACCACCAUGCAAACCUUCAGCUCCAGGGUCAGUUUUGCCCAUGAUGCCACCAAAGCCAGUUGCUUUUAAAGGAGACAGAUUGGCAGAACAGAGAAAAGAUGACAAGAAUAAAAUGUUACACCUGAAAAAUGAAAUGGGAAUUGAAUGCGGACAUAAGGUUUCUGCCAAAGAAGUGAAAAAGUUGAAUCUGAAGCCUGUGGCAAAAUCUGGAAAAGUCAAAGUUGACUCUUUAGAGGAAAAGACAGAGGCAGCAAAUCAGAUGCCUUUUGUGAAGCCUAAACCACAGGUCAGGCCCAAACCUCUUCCUGCCCCUCGACUUGAAACUAGCAGUGACGAUAAGGUUGAUAUCACUAACCUACGGAGCAGACUGCGGCCUGCUAGACCAUGUGACAAGGGCUCUGAACAGGAUGUGACACAGUCCUCUGAUGCAGCUAAUGAUGUCCCUGCAGCCACAAAAGCUAAUGAUGAUCCCAAGACUAAUCCUAAGCAGCAAAAUGGUCAUGGCCUCAGUGAAAACGUUAAAGGCCUAUUCAUCAAGUCAUCUUCAGAAUUCUCAGGAAAUGAGCCAGAAAGUGAGAAAAGCUUAGUUUCAAAAGAGGCCCCUCAGCGGCCAACUGUGCCUCCUCGAAGACCCCCACCACCAAAAAAAACAACAGCACCAUCAAGUCCGACAGAAUCCAAAGUGCCAUCUAAGGAGUCAGCAGAUGUGAAAGUGGCUGGCCCACUACUCCGACCUCCUCCCUCCAAGCCCAAAGCUCUUUUGCCUCCUCCAUUGAAAGAUGAAAUAAAAUUGAAAGGAGCGCCUGUCCCAAAGGUGGGCAGCAGAAUUGGGGAGAAGAUGGAGCCACCCAAAGAGAAACUUCCUCCUCUUUUAAAAGGAGACAAUACCCAACAAAAGGAUGGAGUUUAUGUGGCAGUGGCAGAUUUUGAAGGAGAUGAGCAGACCUCCAGCUUUAAAGAAGGAACAGAGUUUGAUGUUCUAGAAAAGAACGUCAGUGGCUGGUGGUUUUGUAAAGCAGUGGCGGGUGGGUCAAUAUGUGAGGGCUGGAUCCCUUCUAAUUAUUUGACAAAGAAAUAAUAAUAAUGAAACACUUGAGUUUUUCACAAUAUAUUUAAUUUUGGAUUUUUCUUAUUUAUAGCUGGUACCUUUUUAAUAUCAGUAUUUCAUUGCAUUCCAUUUGAAUUAAAAGAAAGUGGAAUAACUUGUUUAAUGGGAGCUUGAACAAUGCAUUUUUCAGUCAGGGAAAUGUGUCCACUAAAUCAGUCAUUUCUGGCCAAAUAAUAAGCAUUGAAAUGUCUCUCAGUGAAAAUGUCACUUGUUUUACAUUUUACAUGCUUUCUAUCAUAACCUCUACACUUGCUAACUGAUAAACAUUAUAACUUAACAGCAUUUUUAACCUUACUAUAUUGCUUAAGCAUAAUGCAAAUUUGCAUUGAGUUAGAAUGUAUCCAAAUAAUCAAUGUUAGCCUUAAAAAUAUGUAGCAGAACAAUUCAAAAAUCCACGGGGAUGUUGUGUGGCAAUGGAGUGAGACGCAAUUUCCAACAAAUUUGCCAAAUUAACCUGAUUACCUCAGAUACUGAUCUCAUUUACUUGAUAUACAACCUUUCUAACCUGAACAUCAUCCCAGACUAAGCUACUUCAUUUCAUCUGUCUGUAGACUUUUUUAGAAAUACAAUAAAUGCAUCGAAGUGGCUUUGUAUGGGCCACACAGAGGUCAUGCUGAAAGUGUUUUGAAAUGACACUCCAAUGGCCAUUAGGCCAUGUUGCUCACUUCCACAAAUAUCACGUCGUAUUUUUAAAUUCAUUACCUAUAGGACAGGUAUGUUUCCAUUUUUUUUCCUAUUUUGGCAACAUUUAUUUUCCACCAUUUUCUUUUACUUAGUUACUGUAGUUCUUCCAGUUAGGGAAAACCUUCUUUGACUAAUGGAAAAGCCCUACAGGCAUUCUGACUAAUGGAUAUGUUUUACAUUUUUUUAAUAAUGUAUAUACUUUUUUAGAUUUUGUAGUAAAGUGUUAAAGUACAUUGCAUAUUUACAUUUUUCUUUUUUGUACAAUGGGAUUGAUUCCUUGUAUUAUUUACAAUAAGCACAUAUAUCAGGAAAUUUGUUUUCAUUCUCCUGUAAGUGCAAUUUCUAAGCAAAGUGUCUCAAGCUUGCAGAUCCCUACAUUGCCACUGUACCAAAGUAAAAUUUCAAAUUUUGCAUAUUUGUUACAGCUGCAGCAGUUACAGUUCAUGUGGCUCAUCACAGCCUAUAAGUGAAAUUAAUGAUCUAAAAUAUGACACACAUAAAUAACAAGCUGGUCAAUAAUGUCUUUUGAUUCCAGCUUUUACAGCUUACAAUAUUUCCAGCUUUCAUAACAUUUAAAAAAAAAUUGUUGGAAAACUGUAAUGUAUCCUCUCCGGCGUGCCUCCUGAUAUCUUGAUGGCUGAAAUAUGAGUCUGUGAAGUGCAUCAUUACGAAAAGGUGCUUUACAGAAUGCUACGCUAUAGAUUUGAAUAGGUCUGCUAAAAUACAGUAACGCUUGACUGGUAUCAAGCAUUAAAAAAUCAGUAAAUACCUAGUGCUAAGGAGAAUUAUUUUGUCUAAUUUACCAGCUUUACGUGUUAAAGGAGAAGCAGCAGCAAUUGUGCAAAAUAGGCAAUUAUCUGUGAUGUCUGGUAGAAGAGCAGCUGCCAUUAUUUUUUUUUUAAUCAGUUUCUUGUGGCAUCAAACUACAACCAAAAUCAAUUAUAAUUCAAAGGAAAAAAAUGUCUGCUAGACUCGUAUUAAAUUUGUUAAUCACCAACUUCACAGGAUUAGCACCUGCAGCAUACAUCUUCAGGCACAAUUUCAGUCUUUUCUUACUUUCUAAAUGAGAGAUGUUGCUUUAUGUGACAAGACUGAAAACAAUAAUGAGCACUUAGAUGGUGAAAAGCUUUUACACAAGCAAGAAGUUUACUUGGAAAUAAAGGAGCAAGACAGACUAUGCUCAGUUAUUAAGGGGGUUUCAGUGAAGAGGCAGUGAGCCAUUGUUUAAGCUGAAAGUGCAUUUUACUUUUACUUAUUAGGUCAGUAUAAUAAAACUGGAGGAGUUCCUGCUAGGCGCCUUUUACUGUCUUAAUGUGGCUCUGAAGCCUAUUCACUAUGAAAUGCAGCAGUUAAAGUUUCUAUAUGGCCACCAUCCAAGUUCUGAAACCUGAAAAAAGACACACUGAGCCGACUCAUUUUUGUUGCCUGUGUACCAGAAGGUCAAGAGUUAUUUAGAGCAAAGGAAUAUGAAUAAUAGGCUAGGACCAGUUAAAAAUAAAUAAAUAAGUGGAUUAUUCUGUGACAAACUGCCUCCUACCUUGUCUAACUGCUGUCAUCUAUGUAUGAGAUUGAUCAGGAAAGAAAAGGAAAUCAAAUUUUGGGUUACAGGCACAAGGCUGGAAUCAAUAAUGGAUGGGAUGCCAGCCCACUGCAAAUGUUGAUUACAUGACAGUAAUGAUUAUUACUGCUACUACUAUUACUACCUCUACAGCAGUCCCAAUGUUCCAGAAUCCUGGGUUCAAAUCCUAGCCCAUUUAUUGUAAAUGUACAGUAUUUAAUAAGAAGCUAAAACUGAAACUUUGUCGACUUUUAAAAAGUAUCUGGAAGAAACACAAGGACAAAUUAUCUAUUAUUCUGCAAAUCGAGCUUAAGGGACCCAAUGGUUUCCUUUAGCUUGUCAAACUUAUGUUCCUGUUUUAUUGAGUUUACAUAAUGUUGUGGUGCCAAAGAGGAAUUGCACUAUGCACUCUGCUUUUCCCCUCAAAGACAUGGAGCAGCAGACACCUUUAAUCUGACUGGGUGCUUGUGACAGUACUUAUGAAUGUCCCCUGCGAUGUCCUCUCCAGAGCAGGUUUCUGCCUUGCACCCAGUAUGGUUGUUAUAGGCUCUUACCUCACUGCACACCAUGUUGGUAAAGGGUAUGAACUACAUCAGUUCUUUGGGUUGCACUGGACUAAUGCCCUAUUCAGGGCUGGCUCCUGCCUUAUGAUAAUGGCUGCCAGGGUAGACUGCAGUCCCUCUCAACCCUUGACCCUGCAGUAGAGUUCAGAAAAUGGAUGAAGCAAUAGAAAUAUUGCUAGCGCUGCAAGCAUUAAAAGAUUUACAGUCAGAGAAUUUGAUAAUACAAUGUAAAAAGAAAGACCGUACCAGUGGUAUGAAUGGGAAUGUGUCGAAAAAGAUGAAGUGGGGUGAUGUGGAGCAAUAUUGACCCCGGGAAAUCAGGAAUGGAUGUGGCAUAGUUUUACAUUAAAGUCAUGUCAGAUAAAUAAAGGCAAGGAAUGUAACCACUGCAUAACUGAUUUUGCAUCAAAAUACACAAUCCGGAUUUAUUUAAUGUCACUUCCACAAUUUAAUAAUGAAACUUAACCCUCUAAUACAUUAAUUGACAUGUAGUGAAAAGCCACUUGAAACAUAAAAAAAACUUAAUGCUAUGCUGCUUAUUACGUACAAAUUAAGAUUAUGUUCUCAAAUCAUCCAGUGCCUAAACAUUUGCCAGCAGGGUGACUACAAAAGCCUAUGAAAGAAACCAAAGUGCUGCCAUUCUCUUCUAUUCCUAGGGCAGCUUAAAUGAAAAUAAAUGCUGAACUGGACUGUGGUUAUGAACUUAUCAGACUUAACAGUGCACGCUGAAACUAGAGCUAGGUGUUUCCAUCAUGUAUGUUCAAAGUACUGUAACAGCUUUUAUUUUGCAAAUGUUUAUUUUAUACAAAGUGAAUAAAUAUUUCUCAUAGCACAAAAA